GUGCGUCUCAUUGCGCUGGUAGGAAGGUGCCCGUUACUUGCCCGUUGCAGCGGAUUCUCCGGCACACGACGUUGGAUUCAGUUGUACCUGUGGCUCCUGCUUGUGCUUCUGCUGAAUUCUAUGUGACUGGGCUGGUGCCGACCAAUUCUCUGAGGUUAUUGGUGGUCGAUACGAGAGGAACUUGCCGAGUUUCACUUCUUUUACAUCAAGUCUUUCUCCUCUUUUUGGAUUUUGGGUCUUGAAUCUAUUUCUCUGGCUCGUGGGAAUCCAGCGCGGGGUUAGGAAACCUGCUCAGUUGGUUAUCAGGACUGGUCAAACCCCCCCGUUCUGUUUAAUAGCCCUUCCCUGCCCCCCUGUUGUACCUCUACUUGCGGCCGAGCCCUAAACCAUCCAGUUUCAAGAUGAAAUCUUCUUUGCUGCCCAACACCUCUGAAAGGACAACGCUACCUUAACCUCCCUGUUGACUUGUAGAACUAUGAUAAAGUGCAGGUGCUACAGCUGAUGAUGUUGGCCAGAAGCAAACUGAAAAGGCAAGAAAAUGGCACUGCCCUUCGGCACAGAAAACCCUCUGUAAAGAUAUUUCCUUUUAAACAAUCUAAAAGACAAAGACUAGCUCUGUGCCUCCGGGAGAAGAUGAAACGGUUACUGCAAGGGCCUGUCGAUAAGAUUUCAGCCAACCAUGAUAACCAGAAAUUCCCAGUGGAGAUUGAUACAGAGUUGUUUGUGUGCGGGAUAAAGAGAACACCAAGCAGUGCAUUUCAAAGUCCUGUUGACAAUAUGGAGCUGAAGGAAGAUCCCAAGGAAGCAAUUAGGACUUGUGUUGAAGAGCCAGAUUUAUGCUUCGCACCAAGUCUGAAGUUACCAGUAAACUCUGAAGAGCAAAACAGUUACGACCAUGCAGAAAGCAACUCCUCAGAUGAGGAAGACUCUGAAGUUCUAUCACCAUGCCAAACUAAUGGCCUCCUCUCAGAUAAGCAGGAUAUGUCCGCCAUUAGUAUCACAAUGAGCUGGAGAGAGAUUUCCGAACAAACACCACUGUUUUGUCCCAAUAUUCCGUUGGAGCCUGGCAGCAGGGGAAGCACUUCCACAAGUGACUGUUCCGGGGAUGUAGUCGAAUACAUCUUCAAGGAGCUUCAAGGAAUAAGCCGCAUUCAGGCUGAGAUCGCAGAACUAAGGCAACAUUUGAGCUUGAUUAAAGGGUCAGUCGAAGAGGUUUCCACUUGUGUUGACAGUGUCCUUAAUGAAAUUGAGGGCUUGCAAGUUGGCAUAAAAAGCCCUGCCAUAGCUUCAAGUGCAGAACUUUAUAAAGACUCUCAGAACGAAGAGACCGUUUUGUACUUCUAUGGUAUUUCAGAACAUGAGGGGGAGAAUACAUUGGAUGCCAUCCAUUGUUUUUUAUCUGAUCACCACUGCUUUACUGGUAUUCAAAGCAAAGAGUACAUAAAGGAUGCCUAUAGGCUGGGAAAUGGGGCAAGUGGUUUGGUAGACCCCAGACCAACAGUAGUUAAACUGGCUCGCCGUGAGCAGAGGGACUUUAUUUUACAAAAUUCUGUACAUUUACAGAGUGGUGGAGUAAGGAUUGUUCCAUUUGAAGAGCACAAUAUUCAAGGUCUACAAAGUCGGAGUAGAGUUAAUUCAGUGUCUGUUCUCCAGCAAGGUUUGAGGGAGAAUCGGUGGAGCUCUGUGAGCCUCGAUAAGGGUGUCGUACGGACAGAUGAUUCUGGUGGCGAGCGGAAAACAGAAUCAUUUCGUAUCCGAUAUAAGAAUUCCAGCACUGAGACUCAGUGCGCGGGGGAAGAUUUUGUGUUUGCACAGAAGUCAACAAAAUGCAAUUUAACAGCAGAGCUGGAGGCAACUGGAAGUGAAGUAUGUCAGGUCAAAGAGAACUGUGAACUGGAGAAAAGUGUGAGUCAUCUGUGUAUUCGCUUGGACUCACAGGAGUCUCAAAAAAACCUUCACAUUACCAACCUACCUUCAUCCAUGGACAAGGGCAGCUGUAGGUGUGCCCGUCUUUUAACCCGUUCCAGCCACCUCAGUGCCUCUUCGGAAGGCGAUGAAGCAGAAAUAGCAAUAAAGAGAUGUUGCUCGAUUGUAGAUGAACACACAUCUGAAGGGUUGUGUAAGGGAGAAAAUGAACUGAUUUCCUGCGACUCAAGGGUGCAAUUUCGUAGCACUGAGAAGAUAAACGUGAUUAUCAAAGAUCCUUCUGGGAGUUUUACUUCUUUAAGCUUUGAUGACACAGUAGACAAACGUUCCGAUGGAACCGUUGCGGAAACCUUGAAGGAAGUGGUCCACAUAGAUCUAGACACCCAAGAUCAGACCGGACAUGUAUUUAGGGAUUUCCUCAAUCAGCCUGAUGAGAACAUUGAUAUCGUGGAUAUAAAGUUUUAUGCUAAUAAACUAGGCAAAGCUCUUAACCACUUUAGAUCUGCCCUGAAAGUGGUUUUUAAUAAGCUGGAAAGUCCAGAGGCCUUUAUGGAAAGCAAAGAGAGUGGAUUUCCAGUGCAUGACUGUGACAGUAUACCCAGUGUGGGCAGUGGGCACUUCAAUGAGAGUAUCCCCACUCAGUCAAGCAGAAGUAACAGCUACAGUUCCAGCUCUAAUCUGAAGGAAGAUGCCUAUUUUGUGCUCAACGGGGUCUCCUCUCUACCUCAUGAGUCUUCUAUCCCUUCCUUGAUCCUUUCCCCUGAUGUGGACUUGAAUUGUGCCCAGCCCCUGUCACUCUCCGAUCAGACCUUGGAGUCCAGUGAACCAACAGAGGAGCUGAAGGAAGGCAAACCCAUGAGACUCGAUCAGGUGUGUGCAGAGACCAUCUACCUGAACAAGUGCAUCAACAACUUCAAGAAUGUGCUGAGGGAGAAGAAGAAGCUGCAACGAAAGCUCUUGAAGGACAUUGUGCAGGAAACGUUCUGGGUCUCUGGAGAAGAAAUGACUUCAGAGGAGAGUAGAGCAGAAUAUCAGACACAAGAUGAUGGGGAUCCAUCCAAACCACCGUGGUUUAAAGGAGGGCCGGCAGGAGGACUCUAUGGAAUUGACAGCAUGCCUGAUCUGCGCAAGAAGAAGCCCAUCCCUCUGGUUAGCGACCUGGCUAUGUCGCUGGUCCAGUCACGGAAAGCCGGUAUCACCUCUGCCAUGGCGACCCGCACGUCUCUGAAGGAUGAAGACCUGAAAACACACGUGUACAAGAAAACGCUACAGGCCCUAAUCUACCCCAUCUCCUGCACAACACCCCACAACUUUGAGGUAUGGACGGCAACGACCCCGACCUACUGCUACGAGUGUGAGGGAUUAUUAUGGGGAAUCGCUCGGCAGGGGAUGCGCUGCUCUGAGUGCGGCGUCAAGUGCCAUGAAAAGUGCCAAGACUUGCUCAAUGCCGACUGCUUGCAGAGGGCAGCAGAGAAGAGCUCCAAGCAUGGAGCAGAGGACCGCACCCAGAAUAUCAUCAUGGCCAUGAAAGAUCGUAUGAAGAUUCGGGAGAGGAACAAGCCGGAGAUCUUUGAAGUGAUCAGGGAUGUGUUUGAUGUGGGGAAGGUGGCCCAUGCCCAGCAGAUGAAAACUGUGAAGCAGAGUGUGUUGGACGGGACCUCAAAAUGGUCUGCCAAGAUCACUAUCACUGUGCUGUGUGCUCAGGGUCUACAAGCCAAGGAUAAGACGGGCUCCUCCGACCCCUACGUCACUGUGCAGGUGGGAAAGACUAAGAAGAGAACGAAAACCAUUUACGGGAACCUCAAUCCUGUCUGGGAGGAGAAAUUCUACUUCGAGUGCCAUAACUCAUCCGAUCGCAUCAAAGUGCGGGUUUGGGAUGAAGACGAUGACAUCAAGUCCCGCGUGAAACAGAGGCUGAAGCGUGAAUCCGACGACUUUCUGGGACAGACAAUUAUUGAAGUCCGAACCCUGAGCGGAGAGAUGGACGUGUGGUACAACCUGGAGAAGAGAACAGACAAGUCGGCUGUGUCGGGCGCCAUUCGGCUGCAGAUCAGCGUUGAGAUUAAGGGAGAGGAGAAGGUUGCGCCUUAUCAUAUUCAAUACACCUGCCUGCAUGAGAACCUCUUCCAUUACCUGACAGACGUACAAGGCGGAGGGGUGGUGAAGAUUCCAGAAGCCAAAGGGGACGAUGCCUGGAAGGUUUACUUUGAUGAGACGGCCCAGGAGAUAGUGGACGAGUUUGCCAUGCGAUAUGGUAUCGAGUCUAUUUACCAAGCCAUGACACACUUUGCUUGCCUCUCGUCCAAGUACAUGUGCCCGGGGGUUCCUGCCGUGAUGAGCACUUUACUGGCCAAUAUAAACGCCUACUAUGCCCACACCACCGCCUCCACCAAUGUCUCCGCCUCCGACCGCUUCUCCGCCUCUAAUUUUGGGAAAGAGAGAUUUGUCAAACUUCUCGACCAGCUGCACAAUUCCCUGCGCAUUGAUCUGUCCAUGUACCGGAACAAUUUCCCGGCCAGCAGUCCAGAUCGCCUGCAGGAUUUGAAAUCCACAGUGGACCUGCUGACGAGUAUAACGUUCUUCCGCAUGAAGGUGCAAGAACUGCAGAGCCCGCCCCGUGCGAGUCAAGUAGUGAGGGACUGCGUUAAGGCCUGUCUGAAUUCCACCUACGAGUACAUCUUCAACAACUGCCAUGAGCUGUACAGCCGCGAGUACCAGGCAGACCCGAACAAGAAACAGGAUCUGCCUCCGGAAGAGCAGGGUCCUUGUAUAAAGAACUUGGAUUUCUGGCCUAAACUCAUUACGCUCAUAGUUUCAAUCAUUGAGGAAGAUAAGAACGCCUAUACCCCUGUGCUUAACCAAUUUCCUCAGGAGCUGAGUGUGGGGAAGGUCAGUGCGGAGGUGAUGUGGAACCUUUUUGCUCAGGACAUGAAAUACGCCAUGGAAGAGCAUGAGAAGCACCGGAUGUGCAAGAGCGCCGACUACAUGAACCUCCACUUCAAGGUCAAGUGGUUGUACAACGAGUAUGUACGGGACCUGCCUGCCAUGAAGGAAAAAGUGCCAGAAUACCCAGCGUGGUUUGAGCAGUUUGUCAUGCAGUGGUUGGAUGAGAACGAGGAAGUGUCCAUAGAAUUCCAGAAUGGCGCCUUAGAGAGAGACAAGAAAGAUGGGUUCCAGCAGACGUCGGAGCAUGCCCUGUUCUCCUGCUCGGUGGUGGACGUCUUCACUCAACUCAACCAAAGCUUUGAGAUCAUUAAGAAGUUGGAGUGUCCCGACCCCGUCAUUGUGGCACAUUAUAUGCGCAGGUUUGCUAAGACCAUCAGUAAAGUGCUGCUGCAGUACUCCGACAUCAUCUCCAAGAGUUUCCAGUCUUACUGCUUCAAAGAGAAACUGCCCUGUAUCCUGAUGAACAACGUGCAGCAACUGAGAGUCCAACUGGAGAAGAUGUUUGAGGCCAUGGGAGGAAAGGAGUUGGAUCCCGAGGCCAGCGACACUCUGAAAGAACUGCAGGUCAAACUCAACACGGUACUGGAUGAACUGAGCACUGUGUUUGGGAACAGCUUCCAGUUCCGCAUAGAUGAGUGUAUAAAGCAAAUGGCAGAGAUCCUGGGACAUGUGAAGGGCACGGGGAAUGUACCAGCCAAUGCCAGGAACACGGUGGCCCAGGAUGCAGAUAAUGUUCUGCGCCCAUUGAUGGAUUUCUUGGAUGGGAAUCUGACUCUGUUUGCGACGGUGUGUGAGAAGACGGUGCUGAAGCGAGUGCUGAAGGAGUUGUGGCGAGUUGUGAUGAACACGACGGAGAAGAUGAUUGUGCUGCCGCCCCUAACGGACCAGUCGGGGACUCAGCUGAUUUUCAGUGCAGCCAAGGAGUUGGGCCAUUUAUCCAAACUGAAGGAUCACAUGGUGAGAGAAGAGACCCGCAGCCUGACUCCCAAGCAGUGUGCUGUCAUGGACCUCGCUCUCGAUACCAUCAAGCAAUAUUUCCACGCUGGUGGCAAUGGCCUGAAGAAGACCUUUCUGGAGAAAAGCUCUGAGUUACAGUCGCUCCGUUACGCCUUGUCCUUAUACACACAGACCACAGACACACUCAUCAAAACAUUUGUGCAAACACAGACGUCACAGGUGCAUGAUGGGAAGGGUAUUAGGUAUACGGCUAAUGAGGACAUCCUUCCUGACAAGGGUUCUGGUGUGGAAGAUCCAGUGGGAGAAGUUUCCAUACAGAUUGAUCUGUUCACACACCCAGGGACUGGGGAGCAGAAGGUGACAGUGAAAGUGGUGGCAGCAAAUGACUUAAAGUGGCAGACAACGGGAAUGUUCCGACCGUUUGUGGAGGUGACAAUGAUCGGACCUCACCAGAGUGACAAGAAAAGAAAGUUCACCACCAAAUCCAAGAGCAAUAACUGGGCCCCCAAAUACAACGAGACAUUCCACUUCAUCCUGGGGAACGAGGAUGGACCGGACUGCUAUGAGCUGCAGGUGAGUGUGAAGGAUUACUGCUUCGCCAGAGAGGACCGAGUGUUGGGCAUUGCAGUUAUGCAACUACGAGACAUUGUAGAUAAGGGCAGUUGUGCCUGCUGGUGCCCCCUGGGUCGCCGUAUCCACAUGGAUGACACGGGUCUCACUGUACUCCGGAUCCUCUCCCAGAGAACCAACGAUGAGGUGGCUCGGGAAUUUGUCAAGCUAAAGUCGGAAACUCGCUCCACGGAGGAGGGGAGCUGAACUGGGGCAGGAAAAUCCCUUCCCACCCCACAGUGGGCUACUUUGUGCCAAUUGUAACAGCCGCCAGACCCGUUGGCAAUGCCCAGUGCCAGUCAGGAAUGUCACUGCUGCUCUAACAGAGAGGAAUUUAUUUAUCUUUAGAUACUUCCCCUUGUGUCCCAGCAAAUAUUCCAGGAUUCCGGUUAAUGUAAAUGAUUUAUUGAUAAGGGAAUCUUACCUGUGUCUCCAUGGUUACAGAGCUUGGGAAUUCUGCCCAUAAACUCCUCUUAUUUAUGUGACUGUUACAGAACCUUUAAUCCCUGUGCUGUUCCACCUCAGAACUUUACCCUGCACUGAUGCACAGCUUGGCCACGCCCACCGCCCUGACUGAACUACACUUCCCAUCAUCCUCAGCACCCAACAAACUAUUGCCUUUCAUAUGAUUCCCCUCAGUAACUUCAAAGGAGUGUUUCAAAGGAGUCCCAAACCCGCUAUUAUUAUUAUUAUUAUUAUUGCUACUAUUAAUAAGGGGCGCUGUGCCCUAAAUGUGCCAUAAUGUGUGUGAUUUGGGGGGGGUGCAGGGAUUUGUGGGCUACAUUCCUAGAUCUGGGUCUUUUUCUUCAAUAUGUGAAACUGAUGAUAAAUUUGCACAUGAGCCGUAACAGCCAAUCAGGAGGCUGCUAUUUAUUUCACAUGGGAUCAUCUCCCUCCUCCACCUGAAUGUUAAUGGUAUAAGAGUCGGGGGUCUGGUUUUUGGCUCCAGACCCUACAACAGUCCCAGAUCAGGGGAGGGGGCAAUUGUGGGACGUGAGUCAGACAUACAUGUUACAUGUGGCCAGUGGAUUGGUCUCCAUGACUUAUUACUGCCAUAAUGACUGGCGGGUGCCCCGCCUCCUCAGCAGCGGGUGGGAUGGGCCUGUAUUAUUUGUUAUCACACACAGAUCAGUGGAAACAUUGUAUCCUAUAGAUUUCUAAUCAUCGUUAAGUGCCAUUGUCACUAAUAUACUUAGUUUAGCCUGUAAUAAAUGAUCUUUUAGCA